AAACGAACUGUUACGAGUGAUGGAAGAGUCAAUACGUGCUAAAUAAAACUAUUUUUGUACCAAGCUGUUAGCUUUUGAUACCUAGAAAAAAAAUAAAUAAUAAUCAUAACAAAAAGUAAACAAUCGAAAUAAAAGUGAAAAGCAACAAUUUAUUUGCUCGCUGUGUGCGCGUCUCGUCGUCCAUUUUGUCUGUGCUGCCCCUUCUUCCGUUUCCGGCAUUCGCAACAAAUUUUUGGCAAAGGCAGGCAGGCAGAAGGUGAAGAAGAAGAAGAAGAGGAUACAGUUGCUGUGACGCGCGCGCAACAAUCAAACAAACUACGUCUCUACUGCCCCCGCGCGUAAACCCCGCCACCCAAAAACAAAGCCAUUCUUCCCGCCUCCUGCGUUCCUUCGUGCGAGUCGAGUGCAAAGGACGAAGUGUGCAAAAUAACUGCGACAUGCGAAACGCGUAACAAAACAAAACACGCAAACAAAAAGGACGCCAAAAACCGAAAAGGACUCAGAUGCCAUUUCAUUCCAUGUGACAGUUGAAGAAACCCAAAAAAACGACCAAUUUGCUAACGAAAAGUCUUGAAAUUAAACUGCUGCUGCAAACUUAAUGACUGAUUUUUCUGGAACAGCAUUUACCUUCUAAACAAAAUCUUUAUACUUAACCAAAAAUAGAACUCUUUGCUAAGAAUGACAAAUAAUUUAAUAUAACAUUAAGGACUUGUCACUUUUUUCGAAUACAACUAAAGUAAUAUAACUGAAGCCAAGUAGUUAGCUAACUAAAAAUAUAAUAAAUAUAACAAACGAAAGAGGACCAAGAGCAAGUGGAAGUGGAAGUCGAGCUGGAAGUGGAAGAGAGAGGAAUGCAGCGUUGUCCGUAUCUGCAUGAGAUGCGAGAACGUCUAUUGGAUCAGCCAAGAGAAACAUUACAACUCGAGAAUAUGGAGCGAGCCAAUUUGCUGGACAAUCGCCAAUCGGCAACCGAGUCGCAUCAGGUCGGCACCGUUGUCAAGCUGCAGGGCGAUGGAUACCAUACAAGUCCAGCUCAUCAGCGCACACCGUUAGUGCCGCAUGAUCUGGGCGAGGAUUUCAAUUUGGAUUUCGAUGAUGACUUUCCGAUCGAUGUGCGACGACCAAAAAAUGCCAACGGCAAUCAUCCAACGGUUCUGACGCAUCCACAGAAAAGGGUUUGCUACACGUUCAAGCCAAAUCCAAAUAAGCACAGUUUUAUGCCAGCGAAAAUAACGGUGCAGGGCACAUAUCAAACCAAUCCGAUAACGGGACCAAUCGAACUAUGGACAUCGCUCUUCAUUGUAACCAGCCUGGUGUAUGCGAUCCUCUUGAUAGUCGUCUGCAUUGCGUAUGUGAUCAGCGAUGUGACCACACACCGACUGCCGGUGCUCUACUACGAGACGUUCUUCACGUACCUCUACGGCACCAGCAUACUCUUCCUGUUGUACGUCUUUUGUUUCCUGCUGCAGGAGAGCUCUUGCUGUAAUGGCGGCAAUGGCGGCAGCAAACCGAAACCACAGCCCAAGGAGAAGAAAUCGAAGAAAACGAAGAAUGCAGAUCCAGCCGAUUCGAAGGAUGCGAAAGGCUCUAAGGACUCUGGCAAAGCUGCCAAAGGCGCCGCAUAUCAGGAAGCACCCGUGGAUGCCGAGGUGGCCGUCACCCCGAAAAAUGUACGCAAACGGAAGACCACGCACAGCGAUCUCACGCACGGAAGUUUCUUUUUGCGCGUCGGUGCCAUCGCUUUUGGACUUGGCGCAAUGAUCUACAUUGGAUUGGAGUUUGGAUCGUUCUUUGAGAUACCAUUCGAUUCGCCAUGCCAUCACAUACUGAUCGGUGUCAAUCCCCUGCUCCAGAUGAUCUUCACCUUCAUGCAGAUGUACUUUAUAUUCAUGAAUGCACGGACUAGGCCACCAUUUCAGCUCAACAUCCAUCGCUUCAAGGUGAUCGCUCGCUUUGGUCUAAUGCAUGUGGUGGCCACCAACAUUUGUGUGUGGAUACGCACGCUGGUCAAGGAAUCGCUGCUAGAGAUCACGAUCUAUCAUCAGAAGCGCGAAGCUGAUCCCGAUGCCUCGUCGAUCGCUCAUUCGAUACGCCAGCAUGCGUUGCGUCACGCUGGCACCGUGCUCCGCACCCAUGCCGGACCGAACAGUGAGUUCGAGGUGCUCGAUGGCGAGGAUCUGUUGCCCAAGAAUGUGUACAAGAGCGACAAUGUGCUAUCGAAGCUGGUGCGCAACACUGUCGAUGGCAUCUCGAAGAGUUUGGGCAUGGGAGGCAGCAGCAGCGAUGUGACCAGCACCGCGUUGCCCAGCACAAUAUUGCCAACAACAACAACAACGACCACAACACGAUUGCCAUACACAACACCUGGCUAUCAAUGGCACAGCACUACUAUGGCCCGCAAGCUGAAGAAGUUUAUCACUAGCACCACGGCUGCGACAAGCACCGUGGGUUCGAGUUCGAGUUCGAGUUCAAGUUCGAGCACCGCAUUCCCCAGCACGAUCAGCACCAGCACCAUGACCACAAGCACCACCAUCGCCAGCAACAGCCCCAGCAGCAGCAUUCCAUUCGACCUAAGCACGACCAGUGAAUCACCCUUCAGUGGCCUGCAGCGCAUCCUAUCGAGCGCUGCAUCCGCCGCCUCAUCAUCCAGUUCAACGCCCAUCGAUGUGGCCGAUAGCACAUUGCCCGCUGCUGCCAAUGCCGAUGGCGGUGCCGGCAGCGUGUCGUCAUUCCUCAACAAUUUGGCCGCCGCCUCCACGCCCAGUACAGCGGCAACAGCCGCAACUGCCACAGCAGCCGCCGCCGUUAGCAGCAGCACUGAGGGUGCUGUCAACAUUAUGAAUAAUCUGUUUGGUCCCGGCAUGGAGAAUAGCUUCCAAACGUAUUCGGAUCUGUCGCACGAUGAGGCCAGUGCUGGUGGCGGAUUGGUGGCAUUCGAGAAUCUGGAGAGUCUGGACAGCAUCUAUCCGGCGGCGUUGUCUUCCAACAUUGGCACACUCAAUUCCACCGCCUGCGGUCGCAUUGAUAUUAUGGGCACGAUUGUUUACGAUUCGGCGCCGUAUCUGUAUCCAUUCAUCAUUGAGUAUUCGUUAAUUGGCGCGGUGGUGUUGUAUGUCAUGUGGAAGCACAUCGGUCGCUAUCCGGGACGCAUGAACGAUGAGGAUCUGGAGCAUCGGCUCGAGGUGAUGCUGUCGCGUCGCGCCGUUGCCAUGGCGCAGCAGGCACGCUCCGGUCGCGUCGAUUGCGUUGGCUCGUCGAAGGGUCUGUUCUUUGGUCUGUUGCUGUUGGUCGGCGCACUCAUUUGCUUGAUACUCUUCUUCGUCUUGGUGCGUCAUCAGCAGUUCUCGCUGUUGGCCAUUUAUCUCGCCGAUGCCAGUCACUGCAUCCUCAUGGCCUUUGCCAUACUCGCCAUCAUCAUUGGAUUCAUCAGAGUCAAGAACUUGAAAUUCCGCUGCGAGGAGCAAUCGAAUUUGAAUGACAUUUUGCUGCGCAUCUCGGCCUUUGGCCUGUUCACCUAUUCGGUGUUCAGCAUCAUUGCCGGCAGCCUCAAGGUGCUGGAGAGUGAGCCCAGCCUGCUGGUGACGACCACGGGCGGCGUUGCCGUCUUCCAGGUGAUUCUCCAGCUGCUGUUCAUUGCCGAUGUGUCGCGUCGUCGCGUCCAUUUGCCGGAGCACGAUCGCAGCAAGCCGGGACGCCAGAUCGUUACCUUCCUUCUCAUCUGCAAUGUGGCCAUGUUUGCCAUCUACACAUUCGAAGCUCAAAAAGUAUUCGCCAAUCCUGUAAGUAGAUAUGUGCAACUGGAGUUCUAUGGCUUUGUGCCCUGGUCGAUCAUUCAGCGCAUCACACUGCCCCUGUGCAUUUUCCAUCGCUUCCACAGCGCCGUGACACUUGCCGAGAUCUGGAAGACCACCUAUAAGGCGCGAUUGGAGUAAGCGCUCUCUCCACCUCCGAGCUGUUCGAGCUGCUAAAACCCAGGCGGUUUUCAAAUGCACCAAAAAACAACAAACAACAAAAACAUAACAAAAAAACCGAAAACAAACAAAAAAUAUAACCAACCAGAAAAGUAAAGAAAACAAAGCUAUGAAAAACUAAAAUUUAUAGCAAACCGAACACACGAAUGAAAAACAAAAACAAAAA